AUGGCAGGAUGUGGUAGGGAUCAGAACCGUGAUGUCCUAGACCGCAUCACAGCUGUGCUAGAAACUCUAGUGCAGGAACGUGAUGUGGAACCGGCAGAGUAUCGGGGACUCAUGGCUUUCCGUACGAACCAUCCGCCGAAGUUCAGUGUGGACUAUGAUCCAGAAGGUGCUUGGUUGUGGUUAGCUGAGACUGAGAAGAUGUUUGAGGCGAUGGGUUGCCUCGAGGAGCAUAAGGUCCCUUAUGCGACGUUCAUGCUCCAAGGAGAAGCCGAGAACUGGUGGAAGUUCGUGAAACCUACAUUAGCAGCACCUGGAGGCUACUGGCCUCAAUACCAAGAUGCUCGGAACGAAGAAGACUUAUGUGCUCAGUUUGAGAAUGGGAUUCGACUGGAGAUUCAGCAGGCAGUUAGCUACAUGCAUAUUACCGAUUUCAAUCAACUGGUGACGAAGUACCGAAUAUUUGAGGACAAGAUGAAAGAGAGGCAAGCUAGAGGCUUUGGAGGACCACAACGAAGUCACCCUUUUAGAGGAAACAGUAAUAAGAGGAUGAAGCCAUAUUCUAGCAAUAAGGCGAAACAACCUAUGGCUACAUCCAACAUGAGCCAGUCAAAGGGAACUGGGGUACAGUGCUUUCAGUGCGGAGGACCGCAUCUUAGGAGAAAUUGCCCACAACUCCAGCAGACACAGGAGAAUCGCUGCUAUAUUUGUGGCAAGGUAGGCCAUUAUCCUCGGGAGUGUAGAAUGACUGGGAGACCGACGGUAACUGCCAAUUCUAACACAGUCAAUUGUGGAUCUACUAAUCCCACAAGGAGUGGCAAUGUUAGCAACAACAACAACACUAGUGGUGGAAGACCAAAGGUACCCUCCCUGGUAUUUGCUAUGAGUGGAUCAGAAGUUGCUGCCUCCGACGAUUUGAUAUAG